ACUUCAAACGUGAACGGCAAAAAUCGUGUAGUAAAAACCCAUUUUUUCAAGUAUUAGAUUAACCAAGAUUUAUGAUAUAUUCAACGUAAAUGUUCUUAUAAUUGGAUAAUUCCUGCACAAUGAGAGGGGAAUAUUUAUCAAUAACAUCAUGGAUCUGUUUUUUGUCAUUAUUGAUUGCCUUCGUGUUGUUGCCGCAAAAUGUCAAAGCUCAAGCGAAUAAGGUUUCACCGAAAUUGGAUUUUGACGACGCGGAAAAUAAAAACACCUCCGAUGUGCCAAUAGUACCUGGCACAGGGCAAGGUAGCAGAGGGGACGGCACUCAAAACAGAAGUGGCUCCGAAAGUGGAACGAACGGAAGAGGUAGCGAUGCAACAACCACCACCAGCAGUAGUACUGGAAGCAGUAAAUCUGGACCGAAAAUACAUGGCGUGCGCGUGACUGUCGACACGAGUGACACACAAAAGUCUAAAGAGAACACAGAGAGUGUGGAAAUAACUGACGUGGGAAAGCAUAAGAAGCGUGUUGGCAUACACACGGACAUAACAUUUGAAAUAUCGACAGAUGGAGAUAGCGAUGCUAAUGCGACGAGCUCAGCACAGGACGGCGAUAAAGAGGAUGCCAGUGUGCCUAUAUUUAAAGGUCGCAGUGGACCCACACAAAAAACACGCAAGCCAAAUGAUCCUAAAAACCAAUGGAAUCCAAAUUUCUCGUCUGAACGACGCAGUUAUGAAAGUAGAGGGCAAGGUGCUGGCCCUAAUUAUUACUACCCACAGUACUACCCAAAUAACGUACCCGUUUAUGUAGCGACAGGCAAUGGUCGAGGGGGAAAUGUUGGAACCGUUUAUAGACGAGGAGAUGGCUGGAACAGCUAUGUGCCUUCUUCUAAUGUACCCUCUUCUAAUGUGUGGACCACUGAGCGCACAUAUAACGAACAAUACCGCCCAAAUACUGUGGCUGGCCAUAGAACGCCCAGCUGGAAGCCCUGCUAUUGUAUGACUUCUAUAGUUGAUAAUAGACAACGAAGGGAUCACCAUAUUGGCGCAGGGCUGAUGCACCAACCCACAAGCCCAGUUAUUAAAGUGGUCGAUGGGAAAUUAGAGAAACCAUUUUCUAGUAGAUAAUUGGAUAAGUUAAAAAUAAGCGAAUUAU